UAUGCCCAGAAGUCUCUUACCCUCAACUUGUGGGCACCAUGGAUUCCAGCAGAACUUCACAUGACUGAGACUGCCUCAAGAGCCACAUUGCCCCUCAGAUCCUAGGGAUUUCUCUGGAGCUAUGGGACCUGGACUGAGAUGAUGAUGGAUAGGACUCCUGCCCACCACAGUACUCCCUGAAACUGGCUCUGAAAGACUUGAGUGGGGACUUUCUUCUGGGAAGUUGCCAGUGAACAGAUGAGAUGAUCUGUGUGUUCCAUGGAAAAAUAACUGGUGCUUUUGAACCCAUGAGCAAGUAGCAAGGCAGUUUCUGACUACAGAACAUACCUUGUGAAAGCAGGAGCAUAAGAGCUUGGUAACCUACAGAGGCAUGCUGCAUUGCCCCAGAGAUCUUUGAAUUCAACAUUAGAAUAAUCUCUCUGAAUCAUGGUGUCAUGGAAAGGAAUUUACUUUAUACUCAUUCUUUUUUGUGGAAGCUUUUUUGGCAGCGUUUUCAUGCUGGGUCCCUUCUUACCUUUGAUGUUUGUAAACUCAUCUUGGUAUCGCUGGAUCAACAACCGCCUUGUUGCCACAUGGCUUACACUACCCGCGGCAUUGUUGGAGACCAUGUUUGGUGUAAAAGUGAUUAUAACAGGUGAUGCAUUUGUACCUGGAGAAAGAAGUGUCAUUAUCAUGAACCACCGGACAAGAAUGGAUUGGAUGUUUCUAUGGAAUUGCCUGAUGAGAUACAGCUACCUCAGAUUGGAGAAAAUAUGCCUCAAAGCCAGUCUCAAAAGUGUUCCUGGAUUUGGCUGGGCCAUGCAGGCUGCUGCCUAUAUCUUCAUUCAUAGGAAGUGGAAGGAUGACAAGAACCACUUUGAAGAGAUGAUUGAUUACUUUUGUGACAUCGGUGAACCACUUCAACUCCUCAUAUUCCCAGAAGGGACUGAUCUCACAGAAAAUAGCAAGGCUCGAAGUAAUGAUUUUGCUGAAAAGAAUGGACUUCAAAAAUAUGAGUAUGUCAUACAUCCAAGAACUACAGGCUUUACUUUUGUGGUAGACCGUUUAAGAGAAGGUAAGAACCUUGAUGCUGUACACGACAUCACCGUGGCGUAUCCUCACAACAUUCCUCAGACCGAGAAGCACCUCCUCCAUGGAAACUUCCCCAAGGAAAUCCACUUCCACGUCCACCGCUACCCCAUCGAUACCCUCCCCGCGUCCAAGGAGGACCUGCAACUCUGGUGCCACAAGCGGUGGGAGGAGAAGGAAGAGAGGCUGCGCUCCUUCUACCAAGGGGAGAAGAACUUUCAUUUUACUGGGCAGAGUGUAAUCCCACCUUGCAAGUCUGAGCUCAGGGUCCUUGUGGUCAAAUUGCUGUCCAUCCUCUACUGGACCCUGUUCAGCCCUGCCAUGUGCCUGCUCAUAUAUCUGUAUAGUCUUGCUCGUUGGUACUUUAUCAUUACCGUUGUCAUCUUCGUGCUACAAGAGAGGAUAUUUGGUGGUCUGGAAAUCAUUGAACUUGCAUGCUACCGUUUUUUACACAAGCAGCCACGGUUAAACUCAAGGAAAAAUGAGUAAGAUGGUAAGAUUCACAAUGUCGAACUUAGGGGAUAUUUUGGAAAUGUUCUAAGUCUUUGUAAACUAAGAUGCACUUUUGCAUGACUAUGUCAGAUAUUUCUUAAUGUCAUUAUUUGUUAAAGAUAUUUUGCACUUAGUUUUGUGGAAAAAAAUAUUGCUACAAUUUUCUUUUUAAACCUCUGAAUGUAACUUCAAUGCCGCGUACAUAGCAGGGAUCAAUUGCUGUGAGAUAAUUCGGGCCCGAGCAUUACCAAACAGUCAUCAGGCUGUUAACACACAAGGUACACACAAGAUUUUCCCAAAGGCCCAAUCCUCUUUCCUGAUGACUCCCCAGACCACAGGCAAGUUGGACUCCAGAGCACUGGCCCAGCACGCACUGGCAUGCAACUGCCCUGCACACCCUCCUGCAGGCAAGCGGCCGUCCUCCAGGUGCCCAGGCAGAUGGCACCCAGGCUUCCUCAGUGAGCACUGUCCACACCCUUUCUACACCAGCCAAGUCCACCCAUGCUUCCCUAAGGCAGGGUCCCUAACUCUGGUCCCUAACUGAUCAGGCAUUUUGAUAGGAAGCCCCUCAUCUGUCCCAGUAUCUUGUGCUAAGUUGUCAGAGGACCACCUGUGCCCUUUCCCCUCUGGAAACCACACCUGCACAUGCCUCAGGGAGCAACCACAGGCUGUCCACUUUGAAAUCUUCAUUUGAAUUUUAAAACAUAGGAAUUAAUUGAGUUGAAGUUCUUCACUUACGCUCCGUCUUGCAUGCUUAGUGCUAGGGUCCUUACAACUUGUUGGCAGGUGGCGCGUUUCUUUCUUAAAAAUGGUAUAUGUGCAGUCACAUACUUUUUUUUUUUUUUUUUUUUGGUACUGAGGAUCGAACUCUGGACCUUGCGCUUUUGAGGCAAACAGCGGAACCACUGAGCUAAAUCCCCGGCCCAGUCACAUACCUUUUUAAAGGCACACUUAAAAGAACGUUCUAUUAUUGUAGAUGCAAACUAUCUUGUAAAAUAUUUCUUUAAAACCUACCAAAAAAGGAAGGUUGUGUUUUCCACAUAUGCAUGGGGAUCUAGCAGUAAUGGUGUAUCCUAAAGUAUUCAACCCUGUAGCCUGGAUAAGUUUUACUCUUAAAACCAAAAUAACACAAAAGGAAUUAUUUUCAGUGUAACAAAAGCACUGCUUCCACCCCUAGGCUUCCUCUCUUAAACCCACUUUUGACCAACUCUGCUAAAUAUUUCUGUCAUUUGCAGUCACUGGAAAAUUCACAAACCCACAGCACCAGUCCCCUUCUGGGGCAAAGAAGCGUAUUGUCAUUAUUUCCACUCCAUUGGAGCCGUGUGCCCCUUCCUCGUUUUUGUUUUAUUUUGUUUUGCUUUUCCUUGGUCUUAUAGUAGGGGUAUUGGUCAGAGCUGCUAAAAAUGUAAGACAAUUAAAAGUCUUUAGCUGUUAGCAAAUGUGUUAGCUUUACUCUUUUUUUGUCUUAUGUGCUCUUUAGGCACGAAAGCCUUCUUUUUAUCGCUUGACAGUGACUGUUAACAGUUGAAUCACGCAUCGUGAUGAAAGGUAAACACGGCAUUGUGAGCUUGCUUAGCAGAGUCUUAAAGAAGGCGCUUGCUGGGACUGAGCACUGUUGACACAUUGUUUCUGUUGGGAGAGUUUUAACUAGCGCCUCUCCUGAAGCACACCAGCCCACAGUUAACGCUUCUUCAAAGCUGUUUUCAAUCCUACCAGGAGCUUACUAAUUACUCAUUGUGCACUUCCGCUCCCAGGCCAGCUAUUUAACUUCAUGGUUUUUAAAGGUAUUCUUUUAAAAACAACAACAACAAAACAAACCUUUUCCCCCUUCUCUUAAUGAAAGAGGCUUCUAAUUUAAGCUCUAAAACGUCCUUGGGUUAUUUUUAAACGCGGAAAUAGUUUGUACAAUGAGGAUUGCAUUUGUCCCAGACAGAAGAGAAGAACUGCUUCCUACUGGAAAGGUGUAUGUAACAGGGCCCUACUUUUCCUGCAGGCUCGGCCAGUUCUUUAGUCCUUUAACUCCCAUUCAAUUGAGUGGCCUCUAACUCAGAUAUCUUUAAAUGGGAAAACCUUUUUUUCUUUUAAUAGCAGCAAACAUAUUUAAGAUAAACUAGAGAUUUUAUUUUACCUACCCAAAAUUCAUAAUUAUAACGUACUAAAAUUGGGAAUGUAGACAUUGUACUCGCUUUAAGAAUUAGAAAUAAGUCCCUUUUUGACAGUAAGGCUUAUUAAAAAUUACAGUUGCAUUUAUGUACACAUAAAUUUAGCUGCAUGAAAGUCCACUUUUUUAAAGAAAUAUAGUUAAUGAUUUGGAGCUUAGAAUAGUUAAGAUUGAUACUGAAAUGUGCAGUAUAAAUGAAGGUCGCUUCAGUAGCUGUGACGGCCCUGAGGAAUCACCCUGCCACUCUGUCCCCCGCUGCGCCCGGAGCAGACAGGCGCUUCCUGCUUACUGCACUUGUGGUACUUUGAAGGGGAAAUGUUCACAGUGCUAUUUGUCCACUUGCCAGAUUUCCCAUUCUGAAAAGUUUUAAGUAUACCAAGUGUGGCUUACUCAUAAUAUGAACCAUUUUAUUUAAAAUCUGAACCCACAAGAGGAGCUCUGGCGAGGUGACAGACUCCUCUCAUGACACAGGCCAAACAAAGUACUUCUAAAAUUCAAAGAACAAGGUUGAAGACUAGAUGUUUUGAAGACCCUAAUCAUUUAAGGUUCCUGAUAAAAUUCUUCUUUGUUGUGUUCUUGAAAUGCAGAUGAUAGGGUGAUAACAGCUUCCACUUAAGUUGCUUUGAAAUGACUUCUACAGCACCAUGUCAAGAGUCAUGGGUCUCCAGCCAUCCCACCCUGAACGCACCCGAUCUCAUCUGAUGUUGGAGGAAUCAUUUAUGGGCAGCCGGACUGAAUGCUGCAGACAGGGCGGCAUUUCCCAUUUCACCCGACUUCAGGCGAAGCCCCUGUGUUCUCUUACAGUAAAGACUAAUGAAGGGAGCCUGUCGGUGUUAAAUUGUUUACAUUUCUUUAUCGAAAUAAUGUGCUUUCAGUGCCUUAGUUAUGGGUCCCUUUCUUUUUCUCGUUCCAAGAAUUCUGCAACGUGUCUUAGGUCAGGUCUCUGCUCCUCACUAGGAGGACCAUGGUCUCUGAGCACUGGUCACCGUGGUGGGUAAACACUUCUCCGUCGUAACAUGGAGCAGACAGCCCAUGGCUGAGCUAGUGGCCCCUUGGAGUUAUCUGUGCUGUAGAAGACAAAAGUGGUUUUGUCUCACGAUGAGCUUCAGAUUAAAUAUGGCCCUAAAAUUCUCUUGGAUCUACUUUAAAUUUUUAUUUCAGAAGAGAAUCUUGGUUUGGGUAAUCCGUUUUUUUAAAAGAUCAUUCCGUGGAGAAUACCAAGUUUUAAAAAUAACUCACAGAAUGGCCUUAGUUUUCAAUGUCUACUGCUAUGUAUGAGUUGUGUUAUCUGUAAUACACAUCCAGAAUAAAGUGGAGUGAAGUAA